UGCCAGGAGAAGGUAUAAGGUUGUCGACGUACAUUGCGGCAGUACAACUACUCAUCCCUUGCUCAACUAAGAAUCAUCACCACGCGUGACUAGUACGCUACAUACAUCUUGAACUUUCCCCGACUUGGCUUGCCAAAAUGGGCAGUCUUUCUCCUUUGCUUCCAGCAUCGCCGCGCAUGCUACCACAUUUCUUUAUCUCAGUCCUCUAUGCCCUAUUCUCCUCCCUCUUCAGCCUAAUCCCCGAGCAUGCAAAAGCUCAUCUCCUCAAGUCUAGCAGAGCACAGGACUUCCAGUCAUCAAGCUGGGAGCAGGUCGACUAUGAGAUCCGCAACGUCCUCAACCACCACGGCCGGUAUUGGUGGCACACUACGGGGUACGUGUUUAAUCUGCUCCUGCAGGAGGCUGGCUACACGGAGCAUGCGCAACGACGCAUCCUAAACUUCUUCGGCCGCUCGAUUACUCCGCACUUGGGGGUCGCAAAUGAGCCUGGAGCGAAGAGAUGGCCGAGUUUCAUGACGGACAACCAUAACCCGAUCGAGUUGAGCUGGGACUGGCAUACUGGCAAGAAGGCACCCUCGGUUCGCUUCUCAAUUGAGCCCGUGGGCCCCAAUGCCGGAACGCAAGUGGAUCCCGACAAUCAAUCUGCAGACGCGCUCUUCAGGAAGGUCUUGAUGAGAGCAUUGCCCAACACGAAUAGGGAAUGGUUUGAUCAUUUUGAUCAAGCAUUGGCCCCGGACCUGCCACCCAAGGGCUGCAUGGAGGGCCAUCCGUCGAAGAUCUUCUACGCCUUUGACCUGAGCGAGGAAGACAUCACCGGAAAGGCCUACUUCUUCCCCGGCUUCAAGGCCAGGUCCAAGAAGCAGACAAAUUUACAAGUCCUCGCACAGGCGAUCCGCACGGCUCCUCACUGCACCGACAAUGAGAAGCUUGGCGCAUUUCGGAUGUUUGAGGAUUUUGCCCAGGAUCCCUCGACGCCGCAGCUGGAGAUGGACAUGCUAGCUAUCGACUUGGUCCGACCGGCUGAUUCGCGUCUCAAGAUAUACUUUCGGACGCGCGAAACCAGCUUUGCCUCUGUGCGUCAGAUGAUGACGAUGGGUAACCGAAUUACCACUUCGUCACUAGAAGCUGGGCUGCGGAAUCUGAGGCAGUUGUGGGACGGGGUUCUGGCGCAGACUGGCGUGCCUGAUGAUACACCACUACCAGCUGCCAACCAUCGCACAGGGGGCAUCCUGUAUAACAUGGAGUUCCGCCCAGGAAGCACGGCCCCCAACGUCAAGGUGUAUAUUCCCGUCCGACAUUACGCGCCAAGCGACUGGCAUGUGGUUACGGCGUUGAACGAAUACAUGUAUGGAAUUAACAGAAAGUCGGAACUGCCCAUGCGUACCUAUACUGAAACCCUGCGCAAAGUAUUUACGCCCGAAGCUCUCCAGCAACGUGGUCUGCACACCUACAUCGCUUGCUCAGUUCAGUCGGGUGGUGAGCUCCGGGUUGUGUCGUAUUUGAAUGUGCAGAGCGAGAACUUCGCCACGGCAUGAGCAUGUGGCCAUGACAUGAUGAAAUCAUGAGAGACGUUCAAUGUAUGUAACAUAUGUUUUCCUCAA